GUAGGGAAACCGUCAUUUUCUUACUCGCCCUCUGACAUUAACCACCUUCUCUGUCUGCACUCAAAUUCAUCCCUGGCAAUGAAAAAUGAGCCUCUCCCCCACCCCUGCUGCCGCCUUUCGCCUCACGCCCCCAGAGAAGAGUGUCUCCGUGUGGCAGCCGAUGAAGGUUUUUUUCCACGUCACAUGAUCCAGGAUGCAGGGGGAGAAUCCUUCUUGGAACAGAGAUGAGCCCAGAAGUGAAUCAGAUGAAGAGAGAUAAGGUGUGCUGCGGGAAGACUAUAUAAGAAUGGACCCAGGGCUGCAGCAAGCACUCACCGGAGUGGCCCCUUCUCGAGACACAGCCAUGCAUGUGCCAGCGGGCUCCGUGGCCAGCCACCUGGGAACCACCAGUCGUGGUUAUUUCUACUUCACCACCACGGCGCUGGCUCUGUGUCUUGUCUUUGCUGUGGCAACCAUCAUGAUGUUGGUAGUUCAGAAGACGGACUCCAUUCCCAACCCACCAGGAAAAUUCCCCCUUAAAGGAGGAAAUUGCUCAGAGGACAUCUCAUGUGUAAUGGAAAGGUCUCCAUUCAGGAAGUCAUGGGCCUACCUCCAAGUGUCAAAGCAUAUAAAUAAAUCCAAGUUGUCUUGGAACAAAGAUGGUGUUGUUCGUGGAGUCAUAUAUCAGGAUGGGAAUCUGGUAAUCCAGUUCCCAGGUUGGUAUGUCAUCAUUUGCCAACUACAAUUUCUCGUGAAAUGCCCAGAACAUUCUGUUGACCUCAAGUUGGAGCUUCUCAUCAACCAAGAUGUCAAAAAGCAGACUCUGGUGACAGUGUGUGAGUCUGGAGCACAAACGAAAAACAUAUACCAAAAUCUCUCUCAGUUCUUGCUGGAGUACCUCCAGGUCAACACCACCAUAUCAGUCAAGGUGGAUAAAUUCCAGUAUGUGGAUACAAACACCUUUCCCCUUGAGAAUGUGUUGUCUAUCUUCUUAUACAGUAGUUCAGACUGAACCAUUUCUUCUGGCCUUCAGGAAGAAAACCACUCUCUACCAUACAGUACUUCAUCCAUCCAAACACUUGGGCAAAAAGAAAACUCUAGACCAAGCCUGAAACCACAAAGGGUAUUAAAUAUUAUGCUUCUCCUUCUGUCUCUUGGAAAGAUACAGCUCCAGGGUUUAAAAAACAAACAAACAAACAGUUUUGAGUGAAGUGUUUUUCAAACAGAAAGGAGGGAAGCAAGGCAGUAUGUGGGAAAAGCCCCACAUGGGCAUCAGAAGGGUUGGAUUUAUGCCCUGGCCCAACCACUAACUGGCUCACUGUGUGACCUGGAGUUAUUCCUUUCCCCUCCCUGGAACUCUGGAUACAUGUCUGGAAAAUGAAUGGGCUGGAUUUGAAUCUCUCCAAAAUCUCUUCCAUCUCAGAAGACCAAGAUGUCUUGUCCCAGACCCGUGAAUUCAGAUUCCAGGUAGAAGCCCCCAGCCAAAGGGAAGGCCCUCGCCUCACGCCAGUAUAAAUCUGAUGGUACUAGUAGGAUCUGGCUGCAUGUCACCUCAACGGAGUCGGAAUUUGGGGAGGAGGUUCAAGGUACAUUCCCAAAUGAAGUGAACUGUGGGAUCUGAAAUGUGUAAAAGAAACGACUGCCCAACUGACCAUACAAAUCUAAGAGGCCUCCUGGAAUUUGGAAAGUCUUCUGACCAGGCUUGACUCCAUCCAAGUUAAGACUGACAACACAUCAACAACAUACAACUCUCAUUUCCUAUAGGGAAGGGCUGUGCAUUCAGCAAACAUUCCAUUGGCGUGCACUGGUCAUGGUGAUAUGGCCAUUUGGUCAGGGACCAGCUGCUGUCCUUUCUCACAUGAUCUCUCUCUGCUCCCUCCUUCAAAUGCCUCUCAGGGAGCCAUUUCUGUGGAGGGCCAUUAAGGGCCCCGAAUGUUAUUGAUAAAGAUGAUGUCCUUGAACAUGGUGAGGACUUCUAAAAAAUGGCAACCUCCUCUCCUGAUUGGGGUAAUUGUGAGAUUUUUCUAGCUACACCAACCUACCUUUAUAUCCAUCCAUCUUUUCUGGAAGAAGCCCCUUAUCUGUUGAAAAGGACCAUUGAGCUUGAAGUAUAAUGCCCCAGAGUUUCUGCUUCAGAAGCAAAAGGGACCCUUUACUGCCAUCCAAAAGAAUGGAGCAAAAUUUGCAUUUUUCUCAAGAAAGGUGGCAGGGAAAAGAAAAAUGUAGGAAAUCAGGAAAGUCUGCCAGAGAAAAACUAGAAAAAGUGUUAAAGAAGAAAAGGAAAAAAAAAAACGCCAGCAGUGUUGGUAUGGAUGAGAAGAAUUCAAAAAAAACAAAACAGCUGAAGAAAAAUUGAAGUCAUUUGCUGAGCAAUGUGCUAUGUCAAACUCCUCCUCAGCCUCCUCUAUGAAACAUUCAGUAAAGUCUGCAUUUCUCCUAACGCUUUCUAUGAGUAGAUUCUUUGGGAGGAGCGGGCAUUGGAAGAGGUGUUGAAUUCAGCAAGCCAAGUAUGUAAUAAACGCAGAGACAGGUUUUGAGGACCCAAAACCAGCAAGUAAGAGAGCACCUGGCAUUUGAAUUAUACCCAAACUCUGAAGGACAAAUGAACCUUGCUUAAGCCAACUCCGGUGUUCUUGAGAAGGUAUCCACAAUCUAAGGUUGUGUGCGCUAAGCAAAUUUUCUACUGUCUCAUAUUCAAGCUUGAGAAAGGUUUCAUCUCUCUGAGCAGAGGCACCUGACUUUUAUACUUGAGUGGUUCCAGCUCUCAGUCUCUGUCAAGCAAUGACCUGCAAGCCAACAGCUGAAGACACAGGGGGCACAGCAUUAAGGAGUCCUCUACAAGACAAAAAAAUAAAGGGGAAUAAUCAUUAGUAACUCAACUGAAAAUAAUAGGGCAUGGAUAAGAUGGAAAGCUUAAAACCAGAUUCUUCUUUUUUUAAAGAUUUUAUUUAUUUGACACACAGAGAGAGAAAGAGAGUCCAGCAGUGGGAGCAAUAUGCAGAGGGAGAAGGGAAAGCAGGUUGGUCAAGCAGGGAGCCUGAUGCGGCGCUCAAUCCCAGGACCGUGGGAUCAUGAUCUGAGCCAAAGGCAGAUGCUUAACGGACUAAGCCACCCAGGUGCCCCAAAACCAGAUUCUGUUGCUCCCUGAGGGUUAACCAGGCCCCUGGGACUGUGGUAGAAUCUGUGCAAGUAAAAUAAAUAAUUCUCUACCUGGGAAUGUCUGUCUGUCUCUCUCUCUCUCUCUCUCUCUCACACACACACACACGAGUAUACUUGCAGAAAGUGUAGAAAAGGGCAAAUGCAUAAACUCAUAAGAAACAAGUCAGUGUAGACAAAAUGUGUUCCUGCCCUUGGGGAAUUCCUAAGACUUUCCUUCUCCACAUUUAGUAACUUUUUGUUCACCCCGUCUGUCUAUUACCUACCAAUGCCUCCUUAACCUACCCUAUUUCCUCUCAGAAUUCCCCAGCCACACAAAGGUUGGCUCAGAAGAGGUCCCUGCACCCCCAGGAAGAUUGACAGGAACAGGCCUGAAAGGGAGGAAGUGCUGAAAGAAGUUAUGCAGAAUCUACCAAACAGGAGAGCCUUCUAGAACUUGGAUUAGGAGGAUUGAGAAGUCAGUCAGUGUCGUCUCUGGAAAGAUGCUUGCAUUAAGAGGAUUGAGAAGUCUGUGUCGUCUCUGGAAAGAUGCUGAUUGAUGAGCUAAGCCAGUGGUUGAAUGCAUGCCUGACAGCAGGCAGAGACUUGUCAAGUCCUCUUGUGUGGUUAGAGCAGAGCUGGGAUUUGAGCUAGCAGUGGAGUCCAACCUCUUGGCUCCCUUCUGCAUGAUUUCCCACCAGGCUUUACUGGUCUCAUUCUGUACCCUUCCUGUAAUUCCUCAGGUCACUUCUUUACCCCUGCCCUGGGGUGGUCCCCAGUAUUCGGGGACUUUCUCUGUUCUUCUUUUCCCCCACACAGAUCCUCCAAAAUCAUCAUUCAAAUGUGAGACUCAGAUAGUCUUUGGAUUCAGUACAUGGGCAAAUCACAGAAAAAGGCCGGGAGCCCAUAUGGAAAAGUUCAAUCUCUGAGAAACUGAAGAAAUUAUUUAAAAAUAAAAGUUUAUUGUUUUAAUCUGAAUUUAUACAUAUAUGUGUGUAUAUGUAGCUAUCUGUGUAUGUUUAUAUCAGUAUAUGUGUGUACACACAUGUGUGUUGUAUACACAUGUGUGUACUAUGUGUGUAUACACAUGCAUGUACGUGUCUGUGUGUGUGUGAGAGGGUGUCCCCGCUUUCACCUAGUAAUUGUUUUCAGGUCAUCUGCUUAACCUGCAGUUGGGGAGGAAGCUUUAUUCUUGCUCUGGGCAUUGCAAAAUGUAUGUACAGUUGUAUUUAUUUUUAAUUAUGAAAAGAACAGAAAGUAGUAUUUCUCCCAUGCUUCACUUCUUAUUUAAUAAUAUUAAUAUUUUGCCAUGUUCGCUUCUGCUUCCUUUUAAAAAUAAAACACGGCAGAUAGAGUAAAGCCUCACUCCUCCAUCCAUUUCCCUCCACCCUCCCCAGAGAUAGCCACCUAGAAGUUUGCCCAGCCCCUUUACUUGGAUAAUUUUAGACUUGUUUUCCCAUAAGAAUAUAUAGUACAAUUUUGUAUGGCUUUAACAAUUUCAAUAAAUGAAAUUUUUUUCAAUAAA